GGAAGCGAAAAUAGAGGAAACGGUCAUUCUUUCUAACACGGAGACGGACGAUUUUGACAUCAAAGCCACGAUUCUGUUCAUACCGGUCCAACUCCUGUGACCAAGCAAGUUGCAAUGACCUCUAAAGGCGCAAAAGACACCAUUGUGGCCAAACUGGGCUUCAAAUCUGGCAGCUCGUCCUCCAAAGCCGAGGCGGAGGUGGAGAGAGUGAGGAGGGAGAACGCUCAUCUCAGAAAGAAGAUUGACGAACUGGCCAAACGACACAUCAGACCACCCGACUCAGACAAAAGCAAGCUGCUGGAAAGGAUUGUUUCACUGGAGACGCUUCGAGAGAGGCACAAUCAACAGUUGCUGGUCAAAGAGCAAGAGUUGGAAGUUGUGAGACAGCAGCUGAAAGCUGAAGGCGGAGAGGUGGUGGCAGCACUGCUGGACCAGCGGCGGAAGGAUGCGGAGCAGAGAGAGGUGCAGUUCCAGAAUCUGUCGCAGGAGACAGAGAACCUAAAAAACAAGCUGGCCACCGUUUCCGCCCGCUGCCAGUCCCUGGAGACACAACCAGGGAAUGGACAGACGCCCCCUGCAGACCUGGCUUUGGUACAAGACCAGCUCAGAGAUGCGCUGGAGAAGAACCAGCAGUGGCUGGUCUACGACCAGCAGCGGGAGGCCUUCGUCCAGUCCGUCCUGGCACGCACGCAUGAGUUGGAGCAGCAGGUCAACAGGGCCAAGCAGCAGGACCCGACGACACAAGAGGCCACUUCCGACGGCUCGGAGAAGGAAGCGCAGCUCAUGAAAGAUUUGGAGACGCAGAAAGAUCAGCUUGAAAGAACACAGCAGGAGCUCCAAACGCAGAAGGAGCGGGUCGCGAGGCUCCAGGAGGACAUGUCGGCGCUGCAGCAGCGCUUUGACGACAAGUGUGACGAGCUGGUGUUCCUCCAGAGGAAGUACAAGGACUGCGCCAAAGAGCUGGAGGAGGCCAGGGUGCAGCUGCAGACGGAGCGUCAUAGUAACCGACAUGCCGUGUCUGAGGAGAGGCAGGUGUCCUCGGAGCGAGCGGACAGGAUGAGAGCCGAGCUGGAGAGCGCGGACUUUAGACUGGAGGAGGAGAGGAAGAGAUCUGCUGAACUUCUGCUUCAAGUCAACCUGCUUCAGAAGUCUCUCCUGAGCCAAAACGAAGAGCAGAGGAGGAUAGCAGCGCUGGAGCAGCAGAUCCAGCUCUCGGUCAAAGACUUUGAGAACGAGAAGCUGGACCGUCAGAGCGUCCAGCAUCAGCUUCAUAAGGUCCUCAAGGAGCUCCGCAAGGCCCGUGAUCAGAUUUCCAAACUGGAGUCUUCUAAGCAGCCCAACAGCCGCUUCUCGGAGCCCAGCUCUUACAGCAAGCUGGAGCUGGAGCACCUGGCCAUCGACGACCCCCGCUCGCCCACGUCGCCCUCCUCCAAAGCGGGUGGCCUCCUGGACGAGAGCUUCCUGGAGUGCCCCAACUGUCGAGCCCACUACCCCACCAGCCGCCACCGCGAGCUGCUGGCUCACAUCGACUUCUGCUUGGCCUGAGCGCCCUCAACCUCCAUCAUGUAAUCAUGCAACACACCAUUUUUUAUAUAUAUAUAAAUAUAUAUAUAUAUAUUCAUCAGAUAAAAGGUUAUUCCCGUCUGUUAUUUAAAUCCAGUUUUGGUUUUUAAAUGCCAAAGGUUGACGAUCAUUAUCCUCCAUACUUGAUUUCCUGCUUCACUGUGUUGCAUUUUUUCCCUUUUUCAAAAGCCUCUUUGUGAUUUACUGUCAUAUUUAUUCUUUGGGUUGGUUUUCCAGUGAACUACCUUCUUUUUAGAGUAACUUUACUCAGUAUUUGCGCUUUUUUAUAUUUGUCUUGUAAAUGUAAGCAAUUGUGAUGUUGUCUUUUGUAGCAUCAUAGGGCAAGGGUGUUUUUUGUCAAAUAUAACUUGGAUAAUAGGGAUCAUUGUUCUAUUGCUGCCUUCAACCAUUAUAUAUUUUUUUAAAAAGAUCAUGUGACAACCUUGGAUGCAAGACAGCUCUUUUUCAAAACCUGUUUUUGCAAAACUAGUUUCUAGACUAGACUAGACUGCUUCAUUGGCCAUUAUCUUACAAUUAGCAUCAUCAGACCUGUUUGCUAACAACCUUUAAUACCUUUUUUCCAUUGUGUGUGUGUGUGUGUGUGUGUGAGUGACAAGCUGAAAAGCUCUGACUUGGGAAGCGUAAGGUAUUUAAUCAUCAGUGUCUUUUUGUAUCAUGGGACAAGGCUUUUAUUUGUUAAUAUUAUUAAAUAUAACUGGUUAAGAAAGAUCAUCACUCCAUUCCGACCUUGAACAAUUAAAAAAAAAUCAGGUGUAACAUCAUGAGGCAGCUGAUCUAUUAUUCACCUCUUCUUGAACAUUGAAUAUAAUAAUGGCUUUUUUUCCCCAAAUGUGUUUACAUGCUGCCUCUCCUAGAACUCUGCCUUCGUUUUCCUUCCAUCGCCACCUUGACUUGUCAUGCCUGCGGCCCUACGAGGCGGCAACGAGAUUGCAUUGAGUUAAUUCCUUGUCCUAAACUAUUUAAGGCAGAGGAUUAGCGGCGGUCCGCUUUUGGUCAGGUGGGAAGGUGUCUUCAUUCCCGCCGCCACCUCGGCAGUAUGUUUGUGUUUUACAUUCAUUUUUGCAUCAUUUUAGACAACUUUGGCUACUUGUGUAUUUUGUUAUAGUGUAUUGUGCAAUAAAGUGGUGGAUCUACUUCCAAAGGUUUUUGUGUGCUUUCCCUCAGCUAAUACAAUGAGCCAAUUGGCAGAAAUAUGUCACUGAUGAUAAAAUGAGCAAUCACAUUUUUAAAAAGCGACACUUCAUUACUAAAUGAAGUAAAACACUGCUAAUAUGUGGAGUAAAAUCAUGAGCGAGGAACUGGAAUUUUGUACUAAUAUGGGAAAUCUGGGAACACGGCAAGUUAACCAGCUAUCAGUAACUACUUAGUCAUAAAAGAGGGGUAGGAUUACCGGCAGAUAAGGUCAGCUUCUUCCUACUCCUUUUCAUUCAUGUUGAAAAGUGUCGGCAUGUGAGGUUAGCGUAUGUUUUGUUUUUGUCUUGUUUCCAUCAUGACCUCUGCGUAAUUACUGACUAGCAGGCUGUGAUAAAAGAAAUACAAUGAAAGCUUUGCCGUGAUUUGCUUCGUUUGUGUCCAUGAAUUUC